CCUAGAUAGGUUAGGAUAAAGAAAACGAUCAAAUCUGCAAAGAUCAGUCUCUCCCAAAUCCCCAAAAAAAACAAAGCAUGCAUUUCGUAAUAAACAAAUCAUCAUAAAACGACACAUAACUCGAAAACCUCUCCCCCCGACAAUUUUAUCAAUUCAUUUCUCUUUUUACCUUAAUAAAUCCCAAAACAUAAUAAUUUAGUAUGAACUAAUCUCCUCUAUAUAUACGGAUUAAUAUACAGGCCCUAAAUCGUAAACAGUUGAGUGAUAAUAUCUGAAAAUGUCGUACUCCGUGAAAGGUCGAACCUUACGUGGCAACAACAACGGAGGAAUAGGAGGGACGGGGACGAAGUGCGGGAGGUGGAACCCAACCGUGGAGCAGUUGAAGAUACUGACGGAUCUGUUUCGAGCCGGUCUUAGAACUCCGACCACUGAUCAGAUUCAGAAGAUCUCCACGGAGCUCAGUUUCUACGGAAAGAUCGAGAGCAAGAACGUUUUCUAUUGGUUCCAAAACCAUAAGGCUAGAGAAAGGCAGAAACGUCGUAAAAUCUCCAUCGAUUUUGAUCAUCAACAUCAUCAUUACCAUCAACCAUCAAGUAGAGAUGUUUUUGAGAUAAACGAAGAAGAAUGUCAAGAGGAAGAGAAGGUGAUAGAGACGUUACAACUCUUCCCGGUGAAUCCAUUCGAAGACUCCAACUCCAAGGUUGAGAAAAUAAGAGCUAGAGGCAAUAGUACUAACCAGUACCGUGAAUAUGUUCGAGACACAAACACGCCGUCGUUUUCUCCAUAUUCGUCAUGUGGAGCUGAGAUGGAACAUCAUCCACCGCCGUUAGAUCUUCGAUUAAGCUUUCUUUGAAUUAUUAUUGACCACGCACUUCAUAAUUAUAUCUUUAACCUUUUAAGAAGAUCUUGUUGUAUUUUGAAUUAUGACUUGUAUUAUUAUCCAAUGUAUGAGUUAUGACGUAGACAAAACUUCGCUCAUUUAAAUAUUUUCUUU